UAGCUGAUAAUUGUUGUAUAGAGAGAGGCGUGGGUGGAAGCUUGUCGGCGUCAGGCAACAAAGAGGCGAUCGAUCCAGGUGAUUGAUUGUUUGAUUGAUCCGUCGCCGGCUGAUUUGAGGAUGGCGUCUGCGUUUGUGAAAUGGCUCACUGACCCCCGCCGUAACUGGUUCGCGGCCCAGCACUACAAAGCCCUCUCCAAACGCCUCAAGAGAUAUGGGCUGAGAUACGAGGAUCUGUAUGAUCCCCUGUACGAUAUGGACAUUAAGGAGGCUCUCAACAGGCUGCCGCGCGAAGUGGUGGACGCCAGGAACCAACGCCUUAAGCGCGCCAUGGAUCUGUCCAUGAAACACGAGUACCUUCCCGAGGAUUUACAGGCAUUGCAGACACCAUUUAGAAGCUAUCUCAGAGAUAUGCUUGCUCUUGUUAAAAAGGAGAGUGCAGAGCGUGAGGCGUUGGGAGCGCUUCCCCUCUAUCAGCGCACAAUUACAUGAAGCACCCUUCUCUUCCCGUAGCUACUGUGCACUCAACUGCAGUGAAAUAAAAUUGCAUGAACUCUUUUUCUAUCAAGUUUGCUACUUGAUUAUUUUUACUUUUCACCCAUUUUUAAAUCGUGCUAUGAAUCAACGGUCAUAACUGAACCCUUGAAAUGUUCUACAUAAUAUGAAUGUCAAAGACUAUUUCGUUA